AUGCCGAAAUACUACGAGGACAAAGAGGAGGACGGUCGCGCCUGCGCCGGAGUCCGAGAGGACUUUAAGGCCUGUCUCCUUCAGCACGACUGUGUUAUAAAAGAAGGAAAAGCUCCAAGUGAAUGUCUGAAGGAGGGACAUUGUAAAGGACUUCAGACCUCGUUUUUUGAGUGUAAAAGAUCUCUGCUGGAUACCAGAUCGAGGUUUAGAGGAAGAAAAGGAUAUUAA